CAUGGCGGAAGCGGCUUUGGACGCCGUGCGCAGGGAGUUACGAGAAUUCCCGGCUGCGGCGAGAGAGCUUAGUGUGCCUCUUGCUGUGCCCUACCUGGACGAGGUCCCCAGUCCACUCCACUUCUACCGGGACUGGGUCUGCCCCAACAGGCCCUGCAUCAUCCGAAAUGCCCUGCAGCACUGGCCAGCCCUCCAGAAGUGGUCCCUCCAGUACCUCAGAGCCACUGUGGGCUCCACCGAGGUGAGUGUGGCUGUGACCCCAGAUGGUUAUGCAGAUGCCGUGCGAGGGGAUCGCUUUGUGAUGCCCGCUGAGCGCCGCCUGCCCCUGAGCUGUGUGUUAGACGUGCUGGAGGGCCGAGCCAAGCACCCUGGGGUCCUCUACGUGCAGAAGCAGUGCUCCAACUUGCCCAACGAGCUGCCCCAGCUGCUUCCUGAUCUGGAGCCCCAUGUGCCCUGGGCCUCUGAGGCUCUGGGAAAGAUGCCUGAUGCUGUGAACUUCUGGCUGGGAGAGGCAGCUGCAGUGACAUCCUUGCAUAAGGACCACUAUGAGAACCUCUACUGCGUGGUCUCGGGAGAGAAACACUUCCUGCUGCAUCCACCCAGCGACCGGCCCUUCAUUCCCUAUGAACUGUACACACCAGCAACCUACCAGCUAAGUGAAGAGGGCUGCUUCAAGAUGGUGGAUGAAGAGGCCAUGGAGAAGGUGCCGUGGAUCCCACUGGACCCCUUGGCUCCAGACCUGGUCCGGUACCCCAGUUACCGUCAGGCCCAGGCCCUUCACUGCACUGUGCGGGCUGGCGAUGUGCUCUACCUGCCGGCCCUGUGGUUCCACCAUGUCCAGCAGUCGCACGGCUGCAUUGCAGUGAAUUUCUGGUACGACAUGGAGUAUGACCUCAAGUACAGUUACUUCCAGCUGCUUGACUCCCUCACUAAGGCCGCAGGCCUCAACUGACGGAGCCCUGGUUGUCAUUGCCAAGAACAGUUUGUGGAAAAGGUCGGCGCCCCUCCCAGGCCGGUUCUAGAGGCAGACUGGAGUCGGAGGUGCUGGCUGCCAGUGGGGGUUAGGGUCGGCUUUGACGGAUCCGAAGGCACCAGGCAGGCCUGAGUGUGGGCUCCUGGGAUGUCGGCGCCCAGGUGAGGCAGCAGCAGCCUGUACUGGAAGAGGGGUGGGCUCAGGGCAGCCCCGGGCAAGUUACUGCCUCAGAGCAUUGGUGUCCUGUCUGUGAAACGGAGAUAAUGAUGGGUCCUGCCACACGGGGUGAUAGAGCCGAGGUCUGUAGGAUGGCACAGGCCCAGCGCAGAGGAAGUGAUCAAUAAAAGGCAGCUUGACUCACGUG